AAUGGUUAGUCCUCCAACUUUGACAUUCUCUCGAAGCCCAAAACUUACGUGAAAUCUCCCGUCGCCUCGGCGUACUUGGUCUGCUCCUCGGUGAGGAAUCGCGUAAGGGUGAUGAUGUCGGUGUUGAUCUUCUCCUGCGCUGGGCCUCCCUCGUUACUGUUGGAAGCCAUUUUGUGAGAUGUUCUGAAUGUUCAAUCUACAAUGCGAAAAAGUAAGGGAUGGCGAUGCUACAAUGGCAAGUUGGUAUCAACGGGGAAAGGAAGAUGGGAAAGAGUAUGGGGAAUGGGGAAGUUUGGAGAGAGGGAUGGUGAAAAGCUAUCAAGGUCGAGUCCAGCAAAAAGCGGAGCGCAGUAUCGUUAUGAAGUCAGGGUGGGUAGAGUCGGGCAGGCGGACCACACUUCUGUGCUAUUUGUUUGGCAGGCGCUGGGAGCUAUAGCCCUCGGCAACUGGUCGGACAUCAUAGGCAACUCACGAUACUUCAGCCGGGCGGUCUCAGCCACAGUUACUCCGGAUCAAGGCCGAAUUUCGUGGGAAAUUUCCCGAGCUUGAUGCUCGACACGGUCUGGCCAUGGGCGAAAAUACAUGGCUCGAGUCGUGUGCGGAAAUUGACGCGCUUUGUUGCGGGAGCGCGUGGUUGUCGAGCUAUGAUGCAGGUGCGGAGACG